AUGGCCCCCUCGAGAACCACCGUGUCCUCCUUUGCGCUCCUGCUCCUCUCGUGCGCCGCCGUGAGCAGCGCGGCGCGAAGGCUCGAGGAGGCGGCCCCCAAGGAGGGGGAGCCCCACCUGACCGUGCCGGAGCUGCCAGUGCCAGAACACGAGCUGCCGCCGCUGCCCAAGGUCGAACUGCCGCCACUCCCGGAGGUGCACCUGCCGCCGUUCCCGAAGGUUGAGCUGCCGCCGAAGCCCGAGAUGCCGGCCAUUCCCGAGUUCCAUUUCCCGGAGCCGGAGGCUAAGCCAUGA